UCCAUCGUAGACAGAGACAAGACACUUAGAGGGACUUGACCUUCCUCUUAGUGGGCUCCACUACUCUCCCAAACCUCUCUCUCUUUGCUUUUCUCUUUGAAUCCUUCUUCUUAAGAAGAAACCAGCCAUGUCGUCGACCAGGUCCACAACGGUUGUGCGGCACAGCUAUAGUGGAGGUGUACAAACUGGUGGUAAUUUCAGCCGUAUGGGAGGAGGAGGAGGAGGAAGACAGAGUUUUUCCUCAAGAUCUUUCACUCUAGGGGGGGCAAUAAAGUCAUCAGCAACCCCAAUGCUCAGAUCAGGCAUGGGUAGCGGUUAUGGUGGUGGUGGUGGUGGUAGUGGUAGUGGUAGUGGUAGUUUCAGUAGUUAUUCUUCUUAUGCCUCUGGUGGCGGUGGUGGUGGCGGUUUCGGUGGUGGCGGUUUCGGUGCGGGUGGUUUCGGUGGUGGCGGUUACGGUGGUGGCGGUUUCGGUGGUGGCGGUUUCGGUGGUGGUGUUUCAAGUUCAGUGCCUCUGAUCACACAAGUCCAAGUAAACCAGAGCUUGCUGGCCCCCUAUAACCUUGAGAUCGACCCCAACAUCCAGACUGUCCGCACCCAGGAGAAAGAGCAAAUCAAGACUCUCAACAACCGCUUUGCUUCCUUCAUUGACAAGGUCCGCUUCCUGGAGCAGCAAAACAAAAUGCUGGAGACCAAGUGGAACCUGCUGCAGGAGCAGACCACCACCCGCUCCAACAUCGACGCCAUGUUUGAAGCUUACAUUGCCAACCUGCGCAGACAGCUGGACGGGCUGGGCAAUGAGAAGAUCAAGCUGGAGUCUGAGCUGAAAAACAUGCAGGGACUGGUGGAGGACUUCAAGAACAAAUAUGAAGAUGAAAUCAACAAGCGUGCUGGAGUCGAAAAUGAAUUUGUGCUCCUUAAGAAGGAUGUAGAUGGAGCCUACAUGAACAAAAUUGAGUUGGAGGCCAAGGUUGACGCUCUUCAGGAUGAAAUUAACUUCCUCAGAGCUAUCUAUGAAGCUGAGCUUGCUGAGCUUCAGGGACAGAUCAAGGACACUUCUGUCAUUGUGGAGAUGGACAACAGCCGCAGCCUGGAUAUGGACGCCAUUGUGGCUGAAGUCAAGGCACAGUACGAGGACAUCGCCAACAACAGCCGAGCGGAAGCUGAGAAAUGGUACCAGUCCAAGUUCCAGGAGAUGCAGGUCAGUGCAAACCAGGCAGGGGAUGACCUUCGUAACACAAAGAGUGAGAUUGCUGAGCUCAACCGCAUGAUUAACCGCCUUCAGAAUGAGAUUGAGGCAAUCAAGGGACAGCGCACCAACCUGGAGGCCCAGAUUGCUGAGGCAGAGGAGCGUGGCGAGCUGGCUGUGAAGGACGCCAAGGCCCGCAUCAAGGACCUGGAAGAUGCCCUGCAGAGAGCCAAGCAGGACAUGGCCCGCCAAGUCCGCGAGUACCAAGAGCUCAUGAACGUCAAGCUGGCUCUGGACAUUGAGAUCGCCACCUACAGGAAACUGCUGGAAGGAGAGGAAAUAAGGAUUGCCUCUGGUGGUCCAAGCACAACCAUCCAUAUGCAGUCCUCAACCAGCAGCUCUGGUGGUGGCGGUGGUGGCGGUGGCGGCAGCUACGGCGGAGGCUUUGGUGGCGGUGGCGUCUGCGACAUCCUGCAGAUGGAUGACGAUUCCCUGAAGAAACGUUACUUCCAAGUCUCCAGCUGA